GGGAGCGCAGAGAGGCGCUGGGGCUCGGAGGUGCCUCUGCUCUGGCCAGUCCGGGGCUCCUCUGCCUUGCCGCCACCAUCAUGGCGGGGAUGGCUCCUCUGCUGCUGCUGCUGGGCUUGGCCUCCUCGUCCGGGGCCUCGCGGGGGCUCUUCCUCUUCGGGCAGCCGGACUUGGCUGCCUCUUCCUCUUCUUCGGCGGCUUCUGUGUCCUCGUCUUCCAAGCGCUCCAACUGCAAGGCCAUCCCCUCCUCGCUGCUGCUCUGCCGGGGCAUCGAGUACCCGUCCAUGCGGCUGCCCAACCUCUUGGGCCACGAGAGCCUGGCGGAGGUGCUGGAGCAGGCGGGCGCCUGGAUCCCGCUGCUGCAGAAGCAGUGCCACCGCGACACCCGAAAGUUCCUCUGCUCGCUCUUCGCCCCCGUCUGCCUCGACGACCUGGACGAGCCCAUCCUGCCCUGCCUCUCCCUCUGCGCCCAGGUCCGCGAGGGAUGCGCCCCGGUCAUGGCCGCCUUCGGCUUCCCCUGGCCGGACAUGCUCGACUGCCGGCGCUUCCCCCCCGACAACGACCUCUGCAUCCCCCCCGCCGGACCCGCCGAGCAGCCCCUGCCCACCCCCUGGAGGGAAGCACCCAAAGUCUGUGAUGCCUGCAAAAGCAAGAAUGAGGAUGACAAUGAGAUUGUGGAAAACCUGUGCAAAAAUGACUUUGCUCUGAAGAUAAAAGUGAAGGAGAUCGCCUACAUCAAUGGGGACACCAAGAUCACUCCGGAGACAAAGAGCAAAACCAUCUACAAGCUGAAUGGGGUGACAGAAAGGGAUCUGAAGAAGACGGUGCUUUGGCUCAAAGGUGGCCUGCAGUGUACCUGUGAUGAAAUGAAUGAUAUCAAUGCCCCCUAUUUAGUGAUGGGACAGAGGCUGUCUGGGGAGCUGGUGAUUACCUCUGUCAAGCGAUGGCAGAAAGGUCAGCGAGCAUUCAAGAGGUUCUCCCGGAGCAUCCGGAAGCUGCAGUGCUAGUUCCUUGCUGCUUUUGGUCCUGCCUGGUCACCAACCUCAAGCUCUUCCAAACCUCUCUUGCACCUUCCUGCUUCAGCCUCAAAAGCACAGUAGGCAUGGGAGAGGCAGAGCCAUUCAUUGCUUUUUUAAAUAAUAAUAAUAAUGAUGAUAAUAAUAAUAAAGGGAGAAGAGGGAGCCAUUCCCAAUUCUGUACAUAUAGUGAAACUAUAAUUACGAAAUCAUGAAUUUUUUAUGUGACUUUAUCAAAGUAUCUUGCUUAGAGCUAGUUAUUUGCAAUGUUGCAAAGUGUGACUUUGAUCAUGGGGGGCAUAUAAUAAUUCAUUUUGGGUGUCCAUUCUGAGUAAUCAUUCAGUAACUUCUGUGUGGCUUACAUUUUUCUACUGCAUUGGGCAUCGCUUUGUCAAGUAUCAAGCCCAAUUUGCCAGGUUUGAUUUUGACAUGGUAAGAAAGUCACCAUGAGAUACUGUUGCCCUGUCAUUUCUGUGGCAGGGCUCCAGAAAAUAUUAAAACCCAGAUAUCACUGCCUAGGACACAUUUUUUUAAAAAUUGUUGCUUCCUAAAAAUGAUGAGUCAAGUCACCUAAUGGCUUUUAAUUCUAUUAGAAAGUAUGAAUCUGAGAGAAAUGAGAACUAAAGAUAGUCACCUGAAAUCCUUAUUGUUGCUGGACACCGUCCAGUAGUGUUGGGCACAUUUUAGUCUGUUGAUUUCAGUGGACCUGAACACAAAAUCCUUUGCACACUUUCUUGGGAGUUAGCAUCAUUUCAUUUAAUGGGACUUAAUCCUGUGAAUAUGGAUUAUGGCAUAAAUCUGUAUUACAUAGUGGCCAAGGAGAGGGAGAAGGGUGUUGGCCACUGUGGUGCGGAAUUUGUUCUGGUAUGAAACAUGCAGACUGUUUUUAUUCAUAUAGAGAAAAUACCAUUAACGCAUGUGCUGCUUGUGCAGAAACUGCAUCAAUAAAGGCAUAUUAACCAUA